AGCUUCGGCUGCUCCUGCUUUCAACCUGGCAGGUGUUUGCUUUCUUUCCAGCACUCGCCCCGGAACACCAAGGACUGAGGAUACAUAAUUUUUUUUCUUUUCAAGCUUCAACAUGCGGAUUCACUUCUAGCAGCUGACACCUGGCCUUCUAGAGGGGGAAGCCAGGGCUAUUGGAAACAGCCCAGCACUUCUAUCCAGCGUACCUGUUUCGCGCCUACGAUUUCCGCACAGGGCCUGCUAUGUGGUACCCUCCAGGGCUUCUCUUGCUGUUCCAAGCUCUAACCCUCGGUCUCGCUGGCUCCCUCCCGGGGCAGCCUAAGGACCAGCAGGAUGAAGUGUUCCUGGAUGAGCCUGCUGCACACAGAUUCCUGGGCCGCAAGCUCCUUUAUAACCACUGGGAUUUCGAGCUGCUUUCCCCAGAUAGUCUGGAACGCGAAUGCAUAGAGGAAGUUUGCAACUACGAGGAGGCCCGUGAAGUCUUUGAGGACGACUUCAAAACAAAAGACUUCUGGGAGACCUACGCACACAAUGGGAGAGGAGGAGCAAGACAGCCGGGUGUGGAUGUAGCUGGUUUGAUAGCAGGUCUCAUAGCAGCAUUGGUCUCGACGGUCAUGUUUGUGAUUGUGGCUAUGUAUUGUUUCAAAUACCGAGUGAAGCAGAGGAACCGAUCCAGGACUCAGGAGAACAGCUACCCUGAGGUACCCCUAGCCUGUUUCACUGAGGCGCCAAAGCCAGAGACCGCACCCGGACUUCCAUCCUACGAGCAAGCGAUGGCAGCUUCAGGUGUGCACGACGCACCUCCCCCGCCUUACAACAGGAGCAGCACUAACACAGCCCCACCGACCUGAGUGGCCCAGGGCAGGAUCAUCAGUCCUGGAAGAGAUACAACCCCUUCACUCUCGACUAUUUGCACAGAAGACAUUACAUUUGCACAGGGAACCCAACUGUGGGGGGCACAUAUGUGAACAUGUGACAUUGAUGUGAGUGACUGAGCAUGUACGUUGGGAAUGGAUGGAAGGUAUGAAGAAAAUUAUCUGAUCAGAGUUUGUACAGUGGUGAAACUUGUCUGGGGGAAGCGUUCGUGUGCAACAGAGAAAACAAUGUCCGACAAAGCGGCACGCAUGAC